AUGGAUAGAGGAACGGGCUACGGCGGGCCUUCCAACGGGGGGCCAGGGACCGACCGGGGACGUGGCGGCGCGGCCCAGGCGAGUCCAGCCCCCCAGCCCCAGUGGUACCGACGGGCCCUGGCAGGGCUGUCAUGUUCCGUGCAGGGCUCCUGGAGCGUCGCGGCUCCCAGCGCUGGCGACAGGCGACGAGGCCUGCAAUGCGUAAGACGUGCUGACAGCCACCAGCAAUUACAGGGCACGCAGCACCCAACGUACGCUACGGGACCCGGUCCACCUUCUGGUAGCACUAGCAUUCUAAUUUGGGUGCUGCCGGAGGGGACGGGAGGGGGCGACCCAAUGAUUCGAAUGGAUCCCUAUUCUUCUCCUCUCAUCUUCAUGCUAUCCUCGUUCAAUCCGUCCAGCAAGUCACCACGAGUCGCGAUAUUCCCCCCUGAGAAGGCGGUCGACGGUGCAGUGCAACCCGGACAAGUCCCCCAUCAGUGGAUGUCAUCCGGGGCGCCAUUGGACGAUUUGCGUCGGGUCCUCUUCCAGGGCUCCCCAAGAGAGAUUGGAGUGUGGAUCCUCGGCCGGGGCUUCUUUGGUUCCCAUGAUCCUUGGAAGGGGCGUGGAAAACCUGCAGAGGCGCAAAGGGGGGAGGGCGUCGAGACGAGAUUGGGUGGACGGGGCGGUUAUCCACCCAAGCCGCCGCCAUCCACCACCCAGGCUUUCACCACCGGAGGCCCUGCAAGUUGUCGAACAAGAGACAUGGCUUGCUGGGGUUGGCCACGGCGACGGAUGAGACACCCGCGGCGCGCACCAAGGGGAUCAAGACCGAGGGGAUCAGGGACCGAGAGGAUCAGGGACCACGGAGUCAAGGACCUGCGCGCCAAGCUGCCUGCCUGUUACGAGCCAGCGUGCGAGCGAAGUCACCUGGGGCUUCAGUCGGUGUCUGGCCAAGGGGUGGUCGGUCAUUGUGCGACUGUGGUAAUGUCGAGAUGGAUGUCACGACCUUACACAGAGACAACACGCGUGUCCUGUCUGUCUCUGUUUCCAUCAGAGACAACGGCGUCGGUUCGGAGAAAAAAAGUAAACAGAUGCUGCGCCUUCCUUCAUUUCCAGGAAUUCAACGCCCUCAUUAGCGCAAUGACCGCUGUUCAGAGACAUUCGUCACAUCCACAUCAUCAACAAGCAGCAGUUCCUUCGCGGGGCGGCUGCACGACUGCUCGAUGA